AUGGUACUGGAACAAGGACUGAGGAAAUUGCAUGUGGAGGAGCAGAGAGGGCCACAAUUGUUUUCGGAUAAUACUGUGACGGCAGAUGAUCUCAUAGACAUUACUGAAACCCUAAAAAGAAUGCGAUUGGCAUUGCAGCCUGAUUCAAUCAUAAAAGAACCUAGUUUCGAUCUUUUUGAAGGAACACACUCCCUUGAAGUGAACAAUAAAAAAUUGGAUACCAGUCUUAUCACCUUAUCGCAAGAAGAGACUGAAUAUGAUUGCAACACAGCUCAUGGUGAGAGUCAAGUUGAGAAAUUGGGAUUCGUAACAGGAAUUGUGGAUCAGUUGUGUCGGUAUUUGAUAUGUUGGCUGAAUGAUUAUCAACUGCUACCUACCACCAUUCUUAGUUGCCGCUACUUAGAGUAUCUGCUAAUAGAGUCUGCAAAUAUUGAUGACAUGGUGUAUUUGAAAACUGGUGAUUUGCUGUAUGAUCAAGUGUUAUGCAGUGCUAUCUAUGGUAUCAGCUACUUUGCCAAAUUUGUUGAAAGGUUGAUGAAAAACGGUGGUGUUUGUCCAGAGGAGGAUCUGAAUUUUAACAGCAUGGGCCUCGAUUUCCUGUCAUAUGUUUGUGAACCAAGCAAAAUCAAUAAGUCUCUCAAGGUAAGUUUAGAACAUUUAAGCGCGUAUGGGGACACCGCCAAUCAUUUGGUGCAUCUUUUGAAAUUGAUCGAAUGCCUCGUCUGUAUGGAAGAGUGUCUGACAAAAUAUUCAGCAGGCACAGCGCACCUUGAUAAAUUAAUGGCGGAAGCCCUGUACUUGCAGAAUAAAAAUGACUCCGAGACUUUCAUUCUGCCGCUGGGUUGUUUCUCAAUGGGCAUUCAGAAAAGGCUUUCCAAUCAAUCGCCUCCAAAAAGUCUUGUAAUACCGUCUAAAAACUACGAUGGAUUCAUUGUAAUGGCCACUGAUCUAAAACUGAUCUUGAGCGUAAAUGAGGCAAAAACAGUAAUGGAGCUUAUGCAAUUUACGAAGUUUUUCAACAAGGCUACACAACGACACGUUAUUUCAAGAGCUGUAUUUUUUGCAUUCAUCAUUAGACAUGAUGAAACUGUGCUUGGAAGGUAUACGUUUUCACAAUUUGCGCAACUACAUCCUUUAGAAUUCUCUUUGGCCUCAACAGAAAUUUCAAAAAAGUUACCGGAAGAAGCAGUUCCAGUUCUAGAAGAUAUUACCAACGUCCUGUUCGAUUGGUAUCAAAAUGCCGCUCAAAAUACAUCCCGUUAUAGGCAAGGUUACAACAGACAGUUGUUAUUGUGGGAUGCAUUACAAGUCCAAAUGGAAAACAUUGAGCUCGAGUUCGAAUCAAAAAUGAUGGCUGAUCGUGCCAAUGAACCAUUUUCAGACGAUAGCAUGCUUCCCUUCACAUCAUGGAUAUUUGCAAUGAAGGUUACAGCAAUGAUUGAGUUCGUUUUAAAAGGGUUUGAUCUAGACGUGUAUAAACCGUUUGAGUCUUACGUAAUGUUCUGGUACUCAUACUAUCUUUCGUACCAACUAGAAUCGUGUCUGGAAAAAAUUCAUAAAUUCGUAGACUCAAGGAUCAAUAAAAUUGUUAGCCUUAAUAAAAAGAUAAAGAAACUGAAAGCAGGCGAGAAGAAAGAAAAGCUAAGAGCACAAUAUCGUUUUUUGAUGGACACAGAGAUGGCGCAAUUGCAAACCAAUAAAAAAUUUCUGACUUUUCUUCUAAUGGAAUGCACAAUAAUUAGAUCAUUAUCGCUAUCACAGGUUCUGCAGUUUGCUAUUUUGAAAUCUUUUAACGUUAUUGACAAUAAAUCAACCACGAAGUGUCAAUUUACGAGUAAUGAGCUUCUUUAUGAACUAAGAAUGAAGGUAUUCUCAUCAAUCGGUGUUCCAGAAGUUGUCCCAUAUAACAUGAUAGAGUCUACUUUGAACGACUUCAUGAUCUCAGAACCGAUGUUUGCUUUAAAACUCAAAAAAACCAUGGAGUGUAUCCAAAAGGAAACACAGAACGCCUCUAUUGCCGUCGACAACGUUAUAAAAUGUAUAGCAAGCGAUAAGGAUGGUGAAGUGCUUUAUUCGGCCACAAGAUUGGUGAAACCACAGGCGACCGACUAUUUCCAAAGACUCAAAACGUCAGCAAAAGCCAUCCAGCUCAAUAGCAAGGUGAUAAAUGCAAAGCUAGAGAACAAGCAGACAAAAAAUGACCCCAAAAGUUUAUUUACCAUGAGAUUGAAAUCUUGUGAAAAUGCAUCAUCAUUUUUCCCCCUGCUUGAGUUAGUAGAUACUAGGAGGCAGAAAAGCAAAUCUAAAAAGUGA